CAGACGCCCGUUCAAUGGCUGACAAUGUCAGGGCUGAAGAGGACCAGAACUCGGAGAAACAGUGCAGAAUUUGUCUUGACGGAGAUGAUCCCUCACUGGGAAGGCUCAUACGACCCUGCCUUUGCAAAGGCUCCAUUAGUUACGUACACGUCCAGUGCCUGCAAACUUGGCGCAGAGCUUCCCCAUCGGCCAGCGCCUUCUUUCAGUGUCCACAGUGUCAGUAUCGAUAUCGUCUCAGUCGGACCGGUGCUGUGGGUCUAGCGACGAACCCAGUGGUGCUUGGCCUACUUUCCUCAAUCCUAUUCACUGCCCUAGUUAUGACUUCAUCUUACCUCACAACCUCCUUCUUCCACGUUUUCGACAAUGACUAUGACGACUAUUCUUAUGGUUUCUCGUACACUUCUUGGUACUAUGCGCCAUAUGAUGCUGCUCAUGACAUUGUCCGCGCCGCCUUUCGCAUAUUGAAGGAUCAAGAUGUCUUGGAGGAUGACUCACCUUUCACUGCCCGUCCCCUAAAUCCCACGUUAAAACCCCAAGCUAAAAGCGGCUUAGUGCAGAGGUUCAUAGGCCGCUUCAUCACUGGGUUACCUCUAGUAGGGGCAGGCUCUCUGAUUCAAAUGAUAUUCUCGAUGCCAUUUCUGGGUCCUAUUCAAUGGAUAGCGAGGUAUAGGGGCAGCCGUCGUAGGUCGGGAAAUUCGGCGGACAUCGCAGCGCUCGUAAUCAUCUUCCUACUCGCCGUUGGCCUCACGAGGGCUUUGGUAAAGGUUUACGAACUCACGCGCAAACUUAGCGCAAGAAUUCUUGUGUUUGCAGAAGAUGUGAUAUUGGAAGUAAAUUAGCUCGAAAUUCUGGCGUAAGUCACUACGGCAUGCCAAUGCACCCCAUUUUGGUAUCGCUUAAAUGAUUAAUCACCAAUUUCGUCGGAGCUGGCGCUUGACGUUCUCAUACGC